CUUGGGAAGAACCACCACCAAGUAAGCUCUCUCUCUCUCUCUCUCUCUCUCUCUCUCUCUCUCUCUGCUAUAUAUCAUGUAAUUCUGGUUCAGUAAAUCAGUCAAAGAAGGCAGAGAUCGAAGAAGAACGAUCUUGCAAAAUGAGGAAGUGCCAAGUUGUGGUGAGAAGAGAAGAACCUUCGAGAAGUUCAAUUAGGACUGUGAAAUAUAGGGAGUGCCAAAAGAAUCAUGCGGCUGGCAUUGGAGGUUACGCGGUUGAUGGCUGCAGGGAAUUCAUGGCUUGUGGGGAGGAGGGCACAAGCGGUGCACUCAAUUGUGCUGCCUGUGGCUGCCACAGGAACUUCCACAGAAAGCAAGUGGAGACUGAAGGAGGGUACGACCGUACUUCAUCUUCUUCAUCUGGGACAUCAAAAUAGUACUAUUAUAAAUUAUAUAUAAAUGGAUUUUCAUGUAAUGAAUUGGUGUGUAUUUUCCUUUUUGGGUUUUUGGGUUUGUGAUUGUUCUUGAUGCUUUUAUGGUUGAUGUAGAAGACUAUGCCUCCUGUACUAUAAUUUUGUAUUAAGGGAAAAAAAAUGAAAAAAAAAAAAAAAAAAAGACUUGGUUUCUUGAAUAUUAUAUAUGAUGAACAACUCUCCCUCCUUUCCCCCUCGAGGGUUGAAGGCAGUAGCAACCUGGUUGUAGGCGGAGGAAGCCAAUCCCGGUGUUGAAUAUGCCGCCAUGCAUGGUAGCAAAUUUGUAAGAACUCCUAUAAUUAAUUGAGAAUUUCUAUUUCUAUUCAAGAGUU